AAUACAGAACGGGUCAUUCGCCGACGCUGAGCAAUCACUUUUAAUCUGAGAGUGCCGCCUCGUCCACUCGUAUCAGUCUUAUUGGACAAUCCAGCUAAAACGCAAGUGCAGUAACAGAACGCGCGCGCGCUCGCUUGAUUUUUAGAGACCUCCAAGCUUUGUUGCGGAGCCAUUCGUAGUUGCAGCUCGAAGUGUUUGUCUAGCGGUGCAGUGUUCCAGAAUGGAGAAGUCACUGUUGCUGAUCUUUCCUUUCUAUCAGAUCGUUAACCUAGUGAAAGAAUUUCACCUGCUGACGGUAGUGAUUUGUGCGAUCGUUUACAUAGCGACCAUCAAUAAGAAAGCAAAAUCGGCCGCACCAGUCAAGAAUCAAUUGACCGCGGAAAAGGUUAAACAACAUGUGAACAAGCUACCGGGACCGGCAUGUCUUCCUCUGCUGGGAAAUGCCCUUUUGAUGGCAACAGAUCGUGAAGAAAUGUUCAACAGAUUGAUUGCAGCGCGCAAACUGUACGGCCGCAAGCAAGGUCUCAAUCGUAUCUGGAACGGUUCGGUUCCCUACAUAAUAGUGUCCAAGGCCACCGUCGUGGAGCGCAUUCUCAGCAGUAGUGUAAACAUCGAAAAGGGUCGCGAUUACAAUUUUCUACGGCCAUGGCUCGGGGACGGGCUGCUCACUUGUCCUGCCUCCAAAUGGUAUCAUCGACGGAAAGCUCUGAACCCGACGUUCAACUAUAAGAUGCUGACAGAAUUUUUGGAAGUUUUUAAUCAGCAAGCCACAACGAUGGUGCGCGUUUUGGAGAAAGAACUCGGGAACUAUGAUGGAUUCGAUUGCACUAGAUAUGCAACACUGUACUCGUUGGAUGUUUUGUGUGAAACUGCAAUGGGAUGUUCUAUACACGCACAGAAACAAUUCGAAUCAGAAUACGUUAAGGCACAUGAACAAAUUGGCAGGAUCAUGUUAGAUCGGCUUCAAAACAUAUGGUUGCACCCAGAUUGUAUCUUCAAGUUCACCAACAACUACAAACGGCAAAUGGAAUGCCUCAAAGUACUGCAUAGGUUCUCUGAACAAGUCAUUACCCAUCGAAGACGUCUUCAACAGAACGUUUCUCAGAACGAAACGGCAAAAGACACAACCUCUGAGAUCAAUCAGAAACGGCAUCUUGCGUUUCUGGAUCUUCUGCUGGAUAUUAAACAAAACGGCGUUCCACUGACCGAUCGAGAGAUCCGAGAUGAAGUAGAUACAUUCAUUUUAGGAGGUCACGACACCACCGCAACUGCGAUUGGCUGGUUGAUGUACUUGCUUGGAACCAACCAACAUAUACAGGAUCGGUUGUUCGAAGAAAUUGAUGCCGUCAUGGGACAGGACCGGGAUCGCCCACCAACUAUGAGUGAACUAAAUGAAAUGAAAUAUUUGGACUGCUGUAUCAAGGAAGCCUUAAGGCUUUACCCGAGCAUUCCCAUAAUCGCCCGGAGACUUACCGAAUCUGUUCGCGUAGAUGAGUAUACGAUCCCCGCCAGUGCGAACGCUAUUAUCGUACUCUAUCAGCUACAUCGAGAUCCAGAGAUGUUCACAAAUCCGGAAAAGUUUGAUCCGGAUCGCUUCCUGCCGGAAAACGUUAAAAGUCGGCACCAGUACGCGUACAUUCCAUUCAGUGGAGGUCCCAGGAACUGCAUCGGGCAGAAAUUUGGAUUACUAGAGGAAAAAUCCGUUUUCACCACAAUUCUACGUAAAUAUCGCAUCGUGUCUCUCGACCGUAGAGAAGAUCUAACCUUGUACGGAGAAUUAGUGUUGAAGUCAAAAAAUGGAUUGAAAAUAAACAUUUCAAGAAGAGACUGAUUCUAACGUAGCACGGUGCAAACAAAAUAGGUGCUUCCGAAAUAGUCAACGUGUUACAAACUUGAUUCGCUUUUCUACUUCCUGUGCUGUUGCACGACCAAGUUCAUGAUCACGCAGCUCAUCGGCGGUACUUAACACCUUUCUGCCUGAUUGCAUGGGACUUGAUUCACACCAUCAACAAGAUGCUUCGCUUGUAACAUUUUAGCACCAAUAGACCGUAACGGAGGAUUUGAACUCCUAAUUUCCGGCACGAAUGUAGGCUUGAUAUCUUAGAAUGCGAAUAAGAGAUUUAUAUAUCUAGUUGUUCUUGGAGAAACUUAGGGUUGAUGUAGGUAUAAGAAUUUAUUUAAUUGAAAAUACACAACGGCUACAUUUUCAAACUAAUAAAAACAGCUGUUACUAUCAA